AACACCCUCACUAUUCAAAUUCUCAAGACUGAAGAAGCUCCUCACCCACUUCAUCAUUAGAAGCGUUACGACAUUCAAUAUUUCAAUUCAAUUCAAAUAAAAUCAUGGAUGAUUCUUCUUCUACACCACAGAAACAACAAGACCCUCUUCCCAUGUCAAUCGACUCCACCACCACCACUUCGCCCCUCCGCAGGUCCAGGACACGCCUUGCCGACCGUCUUCUCGAACCGGAGGAUUCGCCGGAACCCGCCGUGCCGCGGAGGAGGGCCAAGGCGGGAAGAGGGGCACAGGCGACCGUCGCGGCGGCACUGCCAUCUCCCAGAAAGUCUCGGAAGCCGAGGAGGCGCUCCGAGCCUGACGUUCGGGACGAGAAGGACGCUAUGGCGGAAGAGGUUGGAAAACCUAGAAAGCGAAGGAACACAGUGCGGUCCAAGAAGGAAAAAUCAAACCCGGUGCUCCCACCACCUUCAAUCCCAUUUCCUCCAACUGAAGAAGGAGAAGAAGAAGAAGAAGAGGAAGAAGAAGAGAAUGGAGGUGAUUUGCAGCGUGUUCAGCAGGUGGUCAGUGAUUUGAUCAUGUGGAAAGAUGUGGCAAAAUCAACCCUUUGGUUUGGUAUUGGGUCUCUCUGCCUCUUAUCUUCUUGCUUUUCCAAAGGACUCAACUUUAGCAUUUUCUCGGCAAUGUCACAAUUGGCUAUUGUUUUUCUUGGUGUCUCCUUUGUCCUAAACACAAUUUGCCAAAGGAACCAGGUUGAGAAAAAGCGCGAGUUCAAGCUGAAAGAAGAUGACAUUUUGCACCUUGCAAAAUUGAUUCUGCCUACUUUGAAUCUCACAAUUUCAGUUACAAGACAGCUGUUUUCAGGAGAACCAUCCAUGACCCUCAAAGUAGCUCCUUUCCUUUUACUAGGUGCGGAAUAUGGACACUUUAUUACAAUCUGGAGGCUGUGUGCCAUUGGGUUUUUAAUCAGCUUCACUGCUCCAAAGCUUUAUUCUUGCUACACUGAAAAGAUAAACCAAAGAGCUGAUCGCUUUACCUUAUGGUUGUUGGACAUAUGGUGUACUUGUACUCACAAGAAGAAACUAGUAGUAUCAGCACUUAUGGCUUUCUGGAAUCUUUCUUCGAUAAAAACUCGAAUCUACACGGGUAAGUCCCCUACCAGGACCUAAGUGAUCAGAUUGCUAUUUGUUUCAAGAACAACACUUUGCUGCAAAUAAUAGCUCUUGUUUAAGAAAUUUUAACAUGAGAUGAGAAUAGGUACAUUCAAUUUUAUUUUUCACUUAAAAGGGAGGACAAGUGAUAUAACUUAUAACUUAUAAGAGGCCAUAUUAUAAGAAAUCACCCUUGACCUUGUUAUCAAGUGACAAAGUGAAUUGAGAGUAUCCGAAGGACUUCCUUUUGUGCACCGGCCAG